GGAGCGGGACGCACAGAAGACAGAGUGAUGAAGAAGUCUAAGAAGGAGCAGCACACCGCGAAGAAGACAGACAAACUUGGAGAUAGCACGGAGAAAGAGACGAAAUACGUGCAGUCGCGUGCGUUGAGUGAUUUGCCAUCAUCAGACAUAGAGCAUUUUCUCACUGAGAACACGAUCAAGGUCACGGACACUGGAGAAGAUGCCGCGAACCUGCGACCAAUCCUGUCAUUUUCACAUCUUCCUCCCUGCGACGGCAAACUUUACGAUCCUCUGAGUUCUUUCAGCUCUCCUACCGCCAUUCAGUCGACAACUUGGCCUUUGCUAUUUUCCGGUCGCGAUGUGAUUGGUAUUGCUGAGACCGGUAGCGGCAAGACUCUUGCAUUUGGACUGCCCUGUCUGAAGAAAUUACAUGACACUAAGCGGAAGUGCAAUAAAAGGCCUUCUCAACCAAUGGCGGUCAUUAUCUCACCAACCAGGGAGCUGGCGAAACAGAUUCAUGACCAGCUUGUCAAAUUUGCCAAACCAAUGGGCGUCGAAGUAGCCUGCAUUUUUGGUGGUGUCGGAAAAGAUGAACAGCGCGAAGCUCUGAAGACUGCACCGAUUGUUGUCGCUACGCCCGGUAGAUUGAAGGAUCUCCAAAACGACGGAUCGGUCGAUCUUGCAAAGGUCAAGUACCUUGUCUUGGAUGAAGCCGAUCGUAUGUUGGAUAAAGGAUUUGAACAAGACAUCAAGGACAUUAUCCUUCCUAUGUCUACAUCCAGACGGCAGACCGUCAUGUUCACAGCAACGUGGCCCCCAGUUGUCCGAAAUCUUGCCACGACAUUUAUGAAGACGCCCGUUACUGUUACAAUUGGCGGGGAUCCAUCAGCGGAUCCCCGUGCGAAUACGAGAAUCAAACAGGACGUUGAGGUCAUUCAACCGCAUGAGAAAGAACAGAGACUUGUCCAACUACUCAAUCAGAGUCAGCGAGGCCCCAAGCCGCCUAAAGUCUUGGUUUUCUGUUUGUAUAAGAAGGAAGCAGUUCGUGUUGAGAGGCUUCUUCGGAACAAGGGAUUCAAGGUUGCGGGCAUACAUGGCGACCUUGGCCAGCAAGAACGAUUCAGGAGUCUUGAGGCAUUUAAAAGUGGAGCUGCUACUGUUCUUGUCGCCACAGAUGUGGCAGCUCGCGGACUGGAUAUUCCUGCUGUCAAACUUGUUAUCAACGUUACAUUCCCACUCACAGUCGAAGAUUAUGUACAUCGAAUUGGGCGGUAAGUGGUUAUGGCAUUGAAACAGGCACAUGCGCUAGCUAGCGGGAUCUCGACUGACAUAUUCUAAAGAACUGGUCGUGCAGGGGCCGAAGGACAUGCCAUUACCCUUUUCACCGAGUUGGAUAAGGCACAAUCUGGAGGGUGAGUUCUGUCCUUAUCAUAAACGCAACCUGGGCACCUAUGCCUGUACCGUUUUAUCUCACAGUGCUGAUACUUCGUAGGUUGAUCAACGUGCUCAAAGCAGCCAAGCAGGACGUGCCAGAAUCCCUUCUCAAGUUUGGUUCGACAGUCAAGAAGAAGCAACAUGACGCCUAUGGGGCAUUCUUCAAGGACGUCGACACGAGCAAAGCAGCAACUAAGAUAGUCUUUGAUGACUGACG